AUGGCCACAAACGGCAGCGAGCCGACCUUCGCGGCAGCCGAUGUGCUCGCGGCGGUCGCGACAAUGCGGGGUGGGCAGCAGGAGAACAAGAAGAAGGCGCACGAGUACCUCGAAAAGUUCCAGAAAUCGAAAGGUUCUUGGGCUACUGUCGUGGGUCUUCUGCAAGAACAGGCGGAUCCUGAGGCUGUCUUGUUCGCGGCCAUCACACUUCGAGGAAAGAUUACCUACGACCUCCAAACACAGGUCCCAGCCGGCGAGCUCGCCGCCCUCCGAAACCAGAUCCUUAUACUGCUCCAGCGGUAUGCGAACGGACCCAAGCCUAUCCGAGUACAGCUAUGCGUUUGUCUGGCAAUCCUGGCCAUCCAAAUGAAGGACUGGAACGAUGUCCUCUCUUCGGUCGUCGAGGCCCUCAGCGGCGGCGAGGGCAGCCACGCCGCCAUCCUCGACUUUCUGCGAGUGCUACCCGAAGAGGUCACCGAAGGUCGCAAAAUCACCUUGUCUGAAGACGACCUUGCAGCCAGGACACAAUCUCUGUUGGCGGACAAUGCCGAACAAGUUGUCUCGCUCCUCAUCAACUACUCUCAGUCAUCGCCGGCCGCUGCGCAGAACCCUCAGCUCAUGGAGUGCUUGACCUCGUGGUUGCGCGAGGUACCGGUCGCGAACAUUGUUAACUCGCCGCUCCUCGACGUGAUCUUCAACGGGCUGACAUCCGACUCUUGCGCGCAAGAAGCCGCCGAAUGCCUCACCACCGUGCUGAGGGAGACGGCCGACGUGGACGAGAGCCGGGAUGUCAUCCAGGUGCUCUUCCCUCGAAUUCUCGCACUCCAGUCACAGAUCAACAAGGUUGUUGAGGAAGAGGACACGGAGCGACUCAAGUCGUUGACCAAGGUGUUUGCCACGGCGGCGGAGUGUUGGGUUGUCGCAAUCGCGCGUCAGCCGGAGCAAUUCAAACCGCUGGUGGGCGCUGUCCUCGAAUGUGCCGCCAAGGACAAGGAGAAGGACGUUAUAGAGUACACCUUCAACUUCUGGUACGAUCUCAAGCAGUACCUAGUACUGGACCGGUACGUGGAGAGUAGGGUCGCCAUGGUUGACGUCUAUUCGCAACUGGUCGACGUCCUCCUCAGCCAGCUACAAUACCCCGAACCCGAGGACGGUAACGAGGCCGACCUGUUCGACGGCGAUCGCGAGCAGGAAGAAAAGUUCAGGGAGUUCCGACACCACAUGGGAGAUACCCUGAAGGAUGCGUGUGAGGUGCUCGGCGUCACUGAAUGCCUGAACAAGGUGCUGAACUCCAUCCAAUCCUGGAUGGGCAAGUAUGCGAGCCAGGCGUCAGGGGCCUCCGUACCGCAUUGGCAGGAGCUCGAGGCACCGCUGUUCGGUGUGCGUGCCCUCGGCAAGAUGGUCGACCAGGAGGAGAAUAUCGUACUGCCCCAGCUCAUGCCGCUGCUCGUCCAGAUCCCUCCUCAUGAGAAGUUGCGCUUCGCCACCAUCAUGGUGCUCGGACGCUACACCGAGUGGACGGCCGCUCACCCUGAAUUCCUCGAGGACCAGUUCAAGUACAUUACGUCUGCAUUUGAAUCCGACUCCAAGGAAAUCACGCGCGCGGCCGCCUUGUCGAUGAAGUUCUUUUGCCAGGACUGCAAGCACCUGUUGAGCGGCCAGGUCCUGCAGCUGCAGACAUUCUACGACUCGGUCCUGGACAAGCUCCCCGACGUCAGCAAGGAGGAGAUCACUGAUGGCGUGGCUAGCGUCGUGGCGGUGCAGGCUUCUGGAGACAUAUACAGUCUGCUCAAGACGUACUGCGACCCCCUGAUGCAGCGUCUGAUGAACAAGGCGAACGUAGCUACGGACGAGGAGAGUAAACUCGCGCUGGCUGACCACUUGCAGCUCUUGACCCUGUUCAUCCAGAACGUCGUCCCGUCGACCAACCCUGGAGAGGAGAAUCCCGCAGUCAAGUACUGGGCGGAGAACUUCAACGUGCUCGCCACUGUCUUGGAGAACUUUGUACAUUUCUCGCCCAUCUGCGAGAGGAUCUGCCGCUGCUGGAGGAACAUGGUCAUCUCGUACCGGACAUCGAUGGCCAGCCUGCUCCCCAGCUUGGCCAACAAGCUCGCGCAAGGAUUCAGUGCUUCUAGGGAGGGCUGUUUCUUGUGGGUCACUUCGGCCAUCCUUCGUGAGUUCUCCGAGGACCGCGAGCAAGUUGAGCCGAGCACGACCAACGACAUUUACCGAUUCUUCGAGGCGCAGACUACGGUCUUCCUGGAAGCACUGUCUGCACUGCAACCUCGGGAGCUGCCCGAUGUCAUUGACGACUUCUUCCGCCUGAUGAUCGACGCCCUCCUCUACUACCCUCAACGUCUGGUGCCGUCCCCCUUGAUGGGCCCCAUCUUCGAGGCCGCCAUCUACGCGCUGACUCUGGAGCAACGCGACCCCCUCUCAUCGACACUGCACUUCCUGAGAGACCUUCUUUCCUACGGUGGUGACAACCCUGCCAGCAGCCACAGGAUACCGGAGCCGGAUAGGUUGCAGCUCCAACAGCUUGUGAAGCAGUUGCUUGCGCAGAAUGGAUACGGUCUGGUGAAGCAGAUCAUGGCGGGCAUGAUGAUCACCUUCCCCGAAGAUUGCUUCGCGGAUGGCAGUGGAGUACUGCUCGCUCUGUUCGAGCUUCUGCCCCAGCAAACCACGGAGUGGGUCUCCCAGACGAUCCACCUCCUGCCCGAGGGCACCGUGUCACCAGCUGAAGCUGAUCGCCUGCUGGUGAAGAUCAAGGAGAAGCUGCAGCGUCCCGAAGAAGGGGGUAUCCGGGGUGUGCGCGUGCUGCUGCAGGACUUUACCAACACCUACAGGCGGCGCAACGUGGCGCCGAGGGACGGCCUGGGCCAGCUCGAGGCCUCGCGGUUCCAAUUCUCCGGUUGA